AUGGCAGAGGAGCUCCGGACCCUGAACGCGGAUCUGCUGGCCAUCAGGGGGGCGCUGGAGGCGGAUGGCCCCGUGGGGACCCCUGCCGCGGCCCUGCGGGGGAAGCUGGCCCAGGAGUUCCUGGCCGCGGUUCACGGUUUCCACGCCCGGUUCGCUCAGUGCCGGCGGAUGCAGGCGGUGGCCCCCGGUGAGCUGGAGACCCGGCUCCAGGAGGUUUCCGGGGACCCCGGCUGCUGGUUCUACAUCGGCUGCACCCGGGCGCUGACGCACUAUCUCUGGGAGGCUGGGCCGUGGUGCCGGGCCUGGCAGCACAGGGCAGCUGGCUACGAGAAAACCUGCACCUACUACUGCCGGCCGGGGCCGGGGGCCGGGCUCUGCACCGUGAGGCACCUGCUGGGCCGGUUCUGUGGCACCCACCCCCGCUGCCUCAACGCCUCGCGCGUCAGGAACGGCCCAGUUGGCAUCGUCUUCCUGGUGACCUACGCCCGGCGGGGCAGCCGGCUGGGGGAGCCCGCCGAGGACAUGGAGGCGGUGCUGCGCGGCAUCGCUGCCCACUUCCGCCACCGGGGGGCGCCGGUGGACGAGCUGGUGCAGUUCCUCAAGGACGACUUCCGCCAGCUGAUGGGGCGGUACCCGGGCUCCCUGGCGCAGUGCCAGGCCAUGAGCCAGAUCCCCCCGGCGCACUUCCCGGGGCAGGCCCGGGAGAUCCUGGCGGGGCUGGGGCCGGCGGAGGGGGUCCUGGCGGGCACGGUGCCGGCCGGGGUGGUCUCCAUGCGGCCCUGCCUGUGGGAGGUGGGGGCGGGCGAGGCGCAGGCCGGUGAGAAGCUGCACACCUACUUCACCAGGCUGGACGGUGCCCUCGACGCCAAGCAGCUGCUGGAGGAGAUCUGGGGCCACCCCCGCUGCCUCAACAGCCGCCGGCGUUGGGGGGGCAGCGGGGACCUCAGCCACAGAGGCAGCGACACCGUGUUCCCACUGAGGGCUCUGCAGGCGCCUGGACGAUCUGCCCCCCCCGGCUGGCACCUUGGUGGCUGUCCCGGUGCCCGGGGCCUGGGCGAGCCUUGGAAACCGAGCCGGGCGGCUGAGAUCUGCCGCGCUCUGCACCCAGCCGGGCAGGAGCAGCUGCUGGGGCUGGGGAGGGGUGUUACAGGCCUGUCCGAGGCAGCCCUGGCCUGCUAUUUAAGGCCGCCCAGAUGGACGUGCACAGCGCAUGGAGGAGACGCAGCACAUCCGACCGGCGCGUUCCUCGUCUCCACCGACCCCUCCCCGGUGACGGGGCUCCUGGGCUCCGACCUGCUCCUGACCUGCAGCUUCCCCGCGGCCCCGCGUGGGGCGGGCGAGGGGGACGGGCAGCUGCGGGUCACCUGGCACUUCCAGGGGAGCAGAGUGGCUGAGCUGGACGGGAUCCCCAUCAGCACCCGGGUGGGCGCCAUCCUGUUCUCCCAGCAGCAGGGCCACGCCCAGGCCUCGCUGCUCCUGCCCCGCGUCACGCCGGCCGACCAGGGCCCCUACCGCUGCUCCGUCCGCUACGCCGGGCAGCACGGGGAGGGGACGGUCCGGGUGCAAGUGGCAGCGCUGCCGCGGGUCGAGGUGCCCAGCCCCGUGGUGCAGAGGGACGAGGACAGCGCCCUGGUGUGCUGCGUGCGGGGGUUUUACCCCCAGCACAUCGCAGUGUCCUGGCUCCGGGACGGGCAGGAGCUAAACGCCUCCUUCGUCUCUGCCGCGCGCCGGGGGCACCGGGACGGGACCUUCAGCCUGGUGACCGUCUACAGAUUGACCCCCACGGAGCGGGAUCUGGGGGCGCUGUUCUCCUGCCGGGCACGGCACCCCCUGCUGAACCAGUCCCGCCAGGCCGACUUCCGGAUCGCCUUCAGGGCUGGCGGCCUGGAGAUGGGGCUCAGGGUCCUGCUCUGGAUGCUGCGAGCAUCACUGCUGCUGGCCAUGGCCAUGGGGGGCUGGCUCUGCUGCGACACCGGCAGCCGGCCGAGGAAGAUGGUGGAGCAGGCGAUGGAGCAGGCGACGGAGCGGAUCUGGAACCCCCUGUGUCAGAGGUUCCAGCGGGCUCGGGAGGCGAUCUCCUCAUGGAGCAGAUAGGAGGAUCCCACCGCUGCCUGCAACACCUUCGCUCUCCGUCCCCGCAGCACUGUCUGUGCCUCCCGCACCCCCUCGGCCUGUGGCCUCCUGCGCUCCGGCCUCCCAGCCGCCAUGUGCAGCACCCUGCCCUUACUGCUCCGGGGUGUGACUGAGCUGCCGGCUGCAGCAGGAGCUCUCUGCACAGACACAGCCUGUGUCCCCUCUGCUACCGUCACAGACUCCUGCGUGGUUGCCCCCGUGUCCCCGGCCCCUCACUGUGUCCGGUGUGUGGCUGGGGUGUGGUUUUCUCUCUGGUCAGCGCUCAGGCCAGCAGUGAAGCCGUCUCUCUGCACGCCCUCUGCAGCUGUUGUUACUGGGCUGUGACCCCUCCCUGAUCCCCGCGGACCCUUCUGCUGGGAACCAGCGCUCGGGUCAGGUGUCGCCUGGGACCGGCUGGGCCCUGCUACUCCCUGCCUGGCAUCCUCAGGGCACACACACGUCAACCUUUGACCCAUGACCUGAGCUCAGGAGAUCUGCGAAUGAUCAUUUAUAUCUCAGAACGAGUUCAGCUGCUUGAUAAAUUCGUGCAAAUAAAACUAA